AUUUCCUCGUCCCGGUAGCGACGGGAUGGAGCGCUAAGGCCUUUGAGGAUUUGGAGUUCCCUAGUUUCGGGAGAGCGUGAGGGGUAAAUGGUGCUGAGGUGCGAGGAGAAGGAAAGACAAUAAAGAGCCCGUGGGCAAGAGGUUCUCCGAGUCCAACCACCCGAGCUCUCCAGGCGUGGGGUGGGGAACGCGGCCGAACACGCCGGGCGGCUUCUGGUGGCGACCGAGGAUUUUUCUGUCACAGGAAGUUGGGUCGGGCCGCUGGGAAAGAGAAGGGAAGGAGGAAUGAGAAAGCGGUGACGGUUCCCCGCCCCCCAGGUGACUGUCCCACCCAGUGAGUUGAAUGUAGCGACCUGGGAGGUGCUCGGCCGCCCGCACGGGUGACUCGAGGAGCAGGAAGAUCCAGACUCCAGCGAGAAAACAGAGAGGUGCUUAAUAGAAAAAAGGUUUCUGUGAUUGUGCCAUAUAUAUUAUACAGUGUGUUCACAAUACGUCUUUCUUUUGGGGGCUUGCAGUCCUCAAACAGGCAUCCAUACAUUUCAUAAUUUGUCAGGUUUUAUUAACUUGAAGUCAUUAUUAAUCUGAGAUGAAAAGUAAUUGCUAAGUAGAAAUUCUGAGAAGAAAAGACCACAUCUUUGUCACAUAGUAUCUAUCGGAAGCUCUCUUGCAUAAGGGAUUUGUUUGUUUGUUUUAUAAAGCAAUGGGAAAUCCAGAAAACAUAGAAGAUGCAUACGUUGCUGUUAUUCGACCAAAGAACACUGCCAGUCUAAAUUCUCGGGAAUACAAAGCUAAGUCAUAUGAAAUUUUGUUGCAUGAAGUUCCCAUUGAAGGACAGAAAAAAAAGAGAAAGAAAGUUUUGUUGGAAACUAAACUUCAAGACAACAGUGAAAUAACACAAGGCAUAUUGGAUUAUGUAGUAGAAACCACGAAACCAAUUUCUCCUGCAAAUCAGGGUAUCAGAGGAAAACGAGUGGUACUGCUGAAGAAAUUUCCUCUGGAUGGGGAGAUGAGCAGAGAAGCGGCAUUAUUUAUUGUUCCAUCAGUUGUCAAAGAUAAUACUAAAUAUACAUAUACUCCAGGAUGCCCAAUUUUUUACUGCUUACAAGAUAUAAUGCGAGUCUGUAGUGAAUCCAGCACUCACUUUGCUACACUUACAGCAAGGAUGUUAAUAGCCUUGGAUAAGUGGUUAGAUGAACGUCAUGCACAAUCUCACUUUAUUCCAGCUUUAUUUCGACCUUCUCCUCUUGAGCGGAUUAAAACUAAUGUCAUAAACCCUGCGUAUGCUACUGAAUCAGGUCAGACAGAGAACUCACUGCAUAUGGGCUACAGUGCACUAGAAAUAAAGAGUAAAAUGUUAGCCCUAGAGAAAGCAGAUACCUGUAUUUACAACCCUUUGUUUGGAUCAGAUCUUCAAUACACAAACCGGGUUGAUAAAGUGGUGAUAAAUCCAUACUUUGGUCUGGGAGCUCCAGACUACUCAAAAAUCCAAAUUCCCAAACAGGAAAAAUGGCAGAGAAGCAUGAGCAGUGUCACAGAAGACAAGGAACGACAGUGGGUAGAUGAUUUUCCUCUCCAUCGAAGUGCCUGCGAAGGAGAUUCCGAAUUAUUAAGCCGUCUUCUCAAUGAAAGAUUUUCAGUCAACCAAUUAGAUAGUGACCACUGGGCACCCAUUCAUUAUGCAUGCUGGUAUGGAAAAGUUGAGGCCACUCGCAUAUUGUUAGAGAAAGGAAAGUGCAAUCCAAACCUUUUAAAUGGACAGCUUAGCUCUCCUCUUCAUUUUGCUGCUGGAGGAGGACAUGCUGAAAUAGUACAGAUUCUCUUAAACCAUCCAGAAGUUGACAGACACAUCACAGACCAGCAAGGAAGAUCCCCUUUAAAUAUGUGUGAAGAAAACAAACAAAAUAAUUGGGAAGAAACUGCAAAAUUGUUAAAGGAAGCCGUUAACAAACCGUAUGAAAAAGUUCGAAUAUACAGAAUGGAUGGAUCAUACCGUUCUGUUGAACUGAAGCAUGGAAAUAAUACCACAGUGCAGCAGAUAAUGGAAGGAAUGCGUCUCUCUCAAGAAACACAGCAAUAUUUCACUAUUUGGAUCUGUUCGGAAAAUCUCAGCCUUCAGCUCAAACCUUAUCAUAAACCCUUGCAACAUGUUCGGGACUGGCCAGAAAUACUUGCUGAAUUGACAAAUUUGGAUCCCCAAAGGGAAACACCACAGCUUUUCCUAAGAAGAGACGUGAGACUCCCUUUGGAAGUUGAAAAAAAGAUUGAAGAUCCUCUAGCUAUUCUUAUUCUCUUUGACGAAGCCAGAUAUAAUUUAUUGAAGGGCUUUUAUACAGCUCCUGAUGCCAAACUGAUAACAUUGGCAAGUCUACUGUUGCAAAUAGUUUAUGGAAAUUAUGAGAGUAAGAAACACAAGCAAGGUUUCCUAAAUGAAGAAAAUCUAAAGUCCAUUGUACCUAUUACCAAAUUGAAAAGUAAGGCACCUCACUGGACAAACCGAAUACUUCAUGAAUACAAGACUCUUAGUUCGAGUGAGGGUGUUAGUAAAGAAAUGCAUCACCUUCAGCGCAUGUUCUUACAGAAUUGUUGGGAAAUUCCUACCUAUGGAGCAGCUUUUUUCACAGGACAGAUAUUUACAAAGGCAAGCCCCAGCAAUCAUAAAGUCAUCCUCGUGUAUGUAGGAGUAAAUAUAAAAGGACUUCAUCUCCUCAACAUGGAAACUAAGGCUUUACUCAUCAGUCUUAAGUAUGGUUGUUUUAUGUGGCAGCUGGGAGAUGCUGAUGCAUGUUUUCAGAUCCAUAGUAUGGAAAAUAAAAUGAGCUUUAUAGUACACACAAAACAGGCUGGCCUCGUGGUAAAAUUGUUAAUGAAGCUAAAUGGACAGUUAAUGCCUACUGAAAGAAAUUCAUGAGAAGAAAGCAGCUGAUACUUAAGCAACCGCAUUUUGUGAUAACAGAUUUUUUUCCGUGAAAGAUUCCUUAAACUAUUACUUUUAACAAGCACUUAAGUCUCGUGUAAUAUAUAUGUUUACUAUUACAUUGUACAGAAUCUGUACUUAAGUUUGGUGUGUAAUAUACCAAUUAGUUUUAUAUAACAUCUUCACAUAAGCUAUUCUAAUUUUUCAGAGAAACACAAAAAAAGUGUAGAUUGAUAGUAUGUAUAAUAUUAGAAAAAUAGUAAGCUUUAUAAAAAGUUAUUUUUGUUAAAUAGUAAAGAAUUUAGAGUGGAAUGUGAAAUUAAAAUACAUAUAGCUUUGCUAUAACUUUGUGUGUCAUUUCAAAAUAUACUUGAAAGUUAACAUGAUUUGAAUAAAGAAAUGUAUUUUCUACUUAAACCAUAAAUAAUACUGUUAUUUAAAACAUUUUUCUGUUAUCUAUGAAAAUUUUUUAGCAUGUUUUUUAAAGACUUUGUUAAAAUGGAUCUAGGAUAAGCUAGUAUUUCUCACAGUAUAAUUCUUGAAUGCCCUGCAUCAUAACUACCUAGGUACCCCUUAAGAAGGAGGAUUUUAGAGACUCACUCUAGACAAGUUCAUUCACUCUCUGGAAGUAGCAGAGCCUGCGAAUCUUAGUUUUUGAUUUAUUUUCUGUUGAAAUAAUUCCAUACCCAGUAUUGAAUUUGGAUUAUUAAAGUUAAGUAAAUUAUACAAAACUGCCUGGCAUACAAGCAUAUAUGUACAUAGAUACACAGAUUAAAUGACAAUCUCUAGAUAUUAAGUACAUGUUAUAUUUUUAUGAGUUGGCUUAAUUCAUUUAUCGUGCCUGUACAUUAUAGGAAGUAGAUCACCAAAUAUCUGCUCGUUUCAUUUAGGGGAGUACUUGGGGGAGUGAACUGUUCUGUAUCCUAAUUUUGAUUGACAAAUAGUGUAUUUGUUAAAUCUCACAAAACUGUACAUCAUAAAAGGAACAAUAAUCCUUCAAAAGGUGAGUGAAUAAACACACUCAGGUACAUCCAUACAGUGGAAUACUACUGAGCAACAAAAAAAUAAAUUAUUGAGGAACAAUAUGAAUAAAUUUCACAUUUCACAUGUGUUAUGCUAAUUGAAAGAAGCCAGGCUCAAAAGAUUAUACUGUAACAUUCCCUUCCAUUCAGAUGGCAUUUUGGAAAACGCAAAACUAUAAAGUGAGAAAACAAAUAGCGGCUAUCAGAGGUUAAGGAUACGGGUGAGAGGAUGUGGGAAUAAGAGCGGCAUCAUGAAGGAACUUGGGUGAGUACUGAUAUCACAG